AUGCGCAUCCGAAAUUGUAUGCACUAUAUUGCCAUUGGCUUUAUACUGAUCCUUGCAGUUAAUGCAGGCGAUAGUAUUGAUAAGAAUGAAAGCUCAGCUGUAACUGAGUUGCCCUUGGAAACAGAAACUACCACAGAGAUUCCAGUCUCAGAGGAUGCUGCACCAGAUGUGCAAAACAGAAACUCGGCAAUUGAUUCUAUAUCAACAUCAGAUUACGAGUCAAAGGAAUUUGCCUCAUUGACAGACACUAAGGAGAACGAUGACAUCAGCAGCAGCAAUGAGCUUUGUGAUCCAGAUGCUAUGGGCUUUGAAAUAGUUACAGGUUAUGUAUUUUCGGCACCUGGCAAACUUAUGGAUUCGCUGCCUGGCACGCUGAUGCUCACCGACUGUUUAAGCACUUGCCAUAAAAACAAGACUUGCCAGUCGGUUAACUAUGAGACUGGUUUGUGUGUUUUAUUCUCCUCAAAUGCUGACCAACUGCCAGGCGCUUUGACCAAAUCACAGUUUCCUGUUUUCACAAUUUAUGCGCAAAAAUCUUGCGUCUCGGCCAAGCCAUGCAACAGAGCCUGGUAUAUAGAUCGUGUACAAAACUAUAGAUUAAAGGCUGCAGUUAAACGCAGCGCUUUGGUCAGCUCUCGCCGUGAAUGCUUUGAGCUUUGCCUGAGUGAAGCGGAAUUUACCUGCAGGUCAGCAAACUAUAAAAAAGAGAGUGGUGUCUGUGAGCUGAGUGAAAUGGAUCGUUCCACAUUGGCUGGUGCGAACGCUUUUGAGGUGAUGGAAGGCACAGACUAUUUGGAAAAUCAUUGUGUGGAGGAGCCAAAUAAGUUGUGCGAAUUCAAGCGUCUGCAAGGACGCAUUUUGAAAACUGUAGAUUCGGUUUAUCAGGAUGUGAGCAGUGUGGACGAAUGCCGUGAGCUCUGCCUUAAUUCGCCAUUUAGAUGCCACUCUUAUGACUACAAUGAUACGGGUGACAUGGUCUGCCGUCUCUCCCAUCACAGUCGUGCCACACUUUCUGAUGUGCAAGAUCCGUAUUUGGAAGUGCCUGAAGCUUCAACUUAUGAGCUGGCCUCCUGCUAUAAUGUAACCAUUGAAUGCGGCGGCGGUGAUAUGUUGGCACGCAUACGCACCUCUAAGCUCUUCAGCGGCAAGGUCUACGCCAAGGGCUCGCCCAAGUCCUGCGCCGUGGACGUCCGCAGCGCGCUGGACUUUGAGCUGCGCAUGAACUACAAUGACUUGGAAUGCAAUGUGCGUCACAGCAAUGCUGGCCGUUAUGUGAACGAUAUUAUUAUUCAGCAUCACGAUAUGAUUGUAACCUCAUCCGAUUUGGGUCUAGCACUGGCUUGUCAGUAUGAUCUCAGCAAUAAGUCGGUCACGAAUGGCGUUAACUUGGAUGUGCGUGGCGAUCUAACGCCGGCGCUGUCUGAAGAAGUUAUUGUCGACUCACCCAGCGUUGUUAUGCGCGUCACAUCGCGUGAUGGCUCCGAUAUGCUCAGCACUGCUGAAGUUGGCGAUCCGCUGGCACUAAAAUUUCAAAUCAUGGAUGAGCAGAGUCCCUAUGAAAUAUUUGUGCGCGAACUGGUUGCCUUGGAUGGCAUUGACAAUUCGGAAAUCACUUUAAUUGACUCAAAUGGCUGCCCAACAGAUCAUUUUAUCAUGGGACCCAUUUAUAAGAAUGCUACCACAGGCAAAAUAUUGCUAUCCAACUUUGAUGCCUUCAAGUUUCCCUCCAGCGAGGUUGUGCAAUUCAGAGCUUUGGUAUCACCCUGCAUGCCAUCUUGCGAGCCUGUGCAGUGCGAUCAGGAGGAUACCAGCGGCGAAUACAGAUCAACGUUGUCCUUUGGCCGCAAGCGUCGUUCGCUGACAGAGGAUGUGUCUGACAAACGCAUUAGACGUCAGGCCAAGUCCAGCUCCGCUGAGGAGAUGCUGCUAGUGCAAUCCAUUCAAAUCACUGACAAGUUUGGCUUUGAGGAGCUUAAGAAGCGCAAGCCACAUCUUGAGGAACGCUUUGAGGAGAACGAAACAACAUUUACAGCUACUGAAGGUGCUCAAGGCUUUUGUGUAAAUGCAAUUGGUCUUAUUACAGCCGCCACCAUCUUUUUGCUUACUCAAUUAUCUAUUAUUGGCAUCUGGACCUUUUGCUAUCAGCGUCGCCAGAAACUUCAGGCCUAUCAUCACUCAUAUUAAGUUCGUAGCGAACAUUACAUAAAUGCAAUAAUUGCACACUUUUAACAAAUCAAUUUAGUUUUGUUAAAUCUGUGCGAUUCACAUACAUAUUAAUAGAGUUUAAACAAUUAAUUACAACAAGAAAAAUCAUUG